UUGGGGGCGGACAUCGCCUCAGAGGGCGUCGGGAGUGCGAACUACGCUGAGCAACGCUGGAGGUUCCUGUUCUUCCGUGUGGCAGCUCAGAAUGAUGAAUCAAGCCAGGGCAACGUUCUCAAACUUGUUUGGUGGAGAACCAUUGUCAUAUACCCGGUUUAGUCUGGCUCGGCACGUAGAUGGAGAUAACAGUCAUGUGGAGAUGAAGCUGGCUGCAGAUGAGGAAGAAAAUGCUGACAACAUGAGGGCCAAUGUCAAAGCACCAAGAAGGUGUAUCAGAAGCAUCUGCUAUGUGGUUAUUGCCAUCACCAUUUUUUUCUUGAUUGGAUUUAUGAUCGGGUACCUGGGCUACUGUAGACGUGUAGAACCAAAGGCUGAGUGUGAGAGACCAGCAGUCAUGGAUGUGAUGAAGGAGUCAGAAGACCUGGAAGUGGAAGAAGUGAUGCCUGAAGCCUCCUCUCACUUGUACUGGGAAGACCUCAAAACAAUGUUGUCAGAGAAACUCAGCAAUGCAAAGUUCAGCGACACAGUCAAACAGCUGAAUGAAAAUGCAUAUGUCCCUCGUGAGGCUGGUUCUGAAAAAGAUGAAAAUCUUGCCUAUUUUGUUGAGAAUCAGUUCAGUGAAUAUAAACUCAGCAAAGUCUGGCGGAAUGAACACUAUGUUAAGAUUCAAGUAAAAAACAGCACUGCUCCAAACUCUGUGACUGUGGUAAGUGCAAAUAAUGGGAUGGUGUACCUGGUGGAGAAUCCUGAGGGCUACGUGGCAUACAGUAAGGCUGCAACAGUUACUGGUAAACUGGUUCACGCUAACUUUGGCACUAAAAAGGACUUUGAAGAUUUAAAUACUUCUGUGAAUGGAUCUUUAGUGAUUGUAAGAGCAGGGAAAAUCACUUUUGCAGAAAAGGUUUCAAAUGCUGCAGGCUUAAAUGCACUUGGUGUCUUGAUAUACCUGGACAACACUCAAUUUCCCAUCACUAAGGCAGACCUUCCAUUCUUUGGUCAUGCUCAUCUGGGAACAGGCGACCCUUACACCCCUGGAUUCCCUUCUUUUAAUCAUACCCAGUUUCCGCCAUCUCAGUCAUCUGGAUUGCCUACUAUUCCAGUCCAGACCAUCUCCAGACAGGCUGCAGAAAAUCUGUUUGCAAAUAUGGAAAGAGACUGUCCCACUAGCUGGAGAACAGAUGUUUCUUGUCGGAUGCAGUCGAGACAGGACAGGAAUGUGAAGCUCAUUGUGAACAAUGUGCUGAAAGAGAUAAGAAUUCUUAACAUCUUUGGAGUUAUUAAAGGUGUUGAAGAGCCAGAUCGCUAUGUUGUAGUGGGGGCCCAGAGGGAUUCCUGGGGUCCUGGAGCUGCGAAGGCCAGCGUGGGAACUGCUCUUCUAUUGGAACUCGCCCGGACAUUCUCAGAUAUGGUAUUAAAAGAUGGAUUUAAGCCCCACAGAAGCAUCAUCUUUGUUAGCUGGAGCGCUGGAGACUUUGGAGCCGUCGGUGCCACUGAAUGGCUAGAGGGAUACAUUACCUCUUUACAUUUAAAGGCUGUCACUUACAUUAAUUUGGAUAAAGCUGUUCUUGGUACUACAAACUUCAAGGUUACUGGCAGCCCAAUGUUGUAUAAACUUAUUGAAAAAACUAUGCAAGAGGUGAAGCAUCCACUUACUGGGGCAUCUCUAUAUAAGGAUAGCAAUUGGGUCAACAAAGUUGAGAAACUUUCUUUUGACAACGCUGCUUUUCCUUUCCUCGCAUAUUCUGGAAUUCCAGCAGUUUCUUUUUGUUUUUGUGAGGACAAGGGCUAUCCUUACUUGAGUACCACCCUGGAUAACUAUGACAUGCUGAUGCGGGAAAUUCCUCAGUUGAACAAAUUAAUGUAUGCAGCAGCAGAGGUGGCCGGUCAGUUCCUGAUCAGACUGACCCAUGAUCUUGAAUUAAACCUGGACUAUGAGGUUUAUAACAGCAAAAUGCUUUUGUUUCUGAGAGAACUGAUGCAACACACGACAGACAUAAAGGAGAUGGGGCUGAGCCUGCAGUGGCUGUAUUCUGCUCGUGGAGACUUCUUCCGUGCGACUUCCAGACUGACGACAGAUUUCCACAGUGCUGAGAGAACAAACAGGUUCAUCAUGAAGGAGUUAAAUGAUCGUAUUAUGAAAGUGGAGUACCACUUCCUGUCACCCUACGUGUCCCCGAGGGAGUCUCCUUUCCGGCAUAUCUUCUGGGGCUCUGGCUCUCACACUCUGCAAGCUUUACUGGAUAACUUGAAGCUGCGAAAGGAGAAUAAAGCUGCAUUUAAUGAAACACUGUUUAGGAACCAGUUGGCUCUGGCAACUUGGACAAUUCAAGGCGUGGCAAAUGCCCUCUCUGGUGACAUUUGGGAUAUUGACAAUGAGUUUUAAAUAUCAUCACAAGCAUAACUAACAUAAGAACAACAGGGUAUUCUGAUUUCUAGACUUGUACUGGUUGUGCUAAAUUUUUCCAUAGGGCUAUAAAACCUAAUGUUACAAUUAUAUCCAGUCAUCUUGGUAAUAUUCGAUGUCUUUAGGCAGAGCUUUUACUACAGGCUAGGUUAAAGUGAAUAACCACUUUAAAAAUUUUCCUCUGAUUAUCUCUAGAAUUUUAAGUGCUUUUUAAUGUAACUGCCUCUUUGCAUCCUUUGCUGAAAAUAUGAGAACCAGUUACACGAACUAUUGCUGUAAAUCCUGAGGACAUGGGCUGGUGUCUUUUUGAGAUGGGAAGGAGAGUCUACGGCCAUACCAUCCUGAACGCGCCCGAUCUCAUCUGAGAUGGGAGGAGAAGGUGUGUCCUGGAGGUCAGAGUGGUAGCUCAGUGUGGUCCUCUAUCAGAUUUGAUGCUAACAGGAGCUUCCAGUUCUCCAGACAAACCACACACCCCUCCGUAAGGACGUGGCUGUCUCCACAUCCCUGAGUGAAACAGUUAGCUUUUAGAGAGAUAGGACUGGUUUCCUUGCCAACAAGACCUGAAACAGAGGUCCUUCCACUAGGUCAAAUAAGGUUCAACUGUUUAUUGCAGGAGUAAGGCCUUAAUGUGUGAACUAUUUUUUAAAGUGGAGACCAGACACCAAAGCGUUUUAGUGUAUUCUCUUUUCCUGUGACCUGCUUCAUAGCCUUUGUUUAGUUCUUUGUAUUUUUUCCCCCAAACUUCUGAAAGAAAACCAGUCUUAGGCAUUUUAGACUCAGUUUGUCAGGCUUUAAAGAACACAUUGCCAAAUUUUGGCCAAAGUGUUAAUCUUUUGGGAAAGCUUUUUAUCGUUUUGGCACUGAGAUAUUUAUUGUUUAUUUAUCAGUGACAGAGUUCACUAUAAAUGUUUUUUUUAUAGAAGAUAAUUAUCGGAAGCAGUGCCUUCCAUAAUUAUGACAGUUAUACUGUCGUUUUUUUUUAAAUAAAAGCAGCAUCUGCUAAUAAAACCCAACAGAUACUGGAAGUUUUGCACUUAUGGUUAAACCUGAGGGUCUUAGAAAACAGCCACAAGCCAAAUAAUAUUGUAAUGCUAAGCAUUGGGAAAAAAUCAAAUUUAAUUAGGGCUGCUAAUAAGAUAAAUUGUUUGACAGGCCAGAUAAAAUUGAUAGGUCUCUUAAAUGCAAUGAAUUCCAACCACGUUAUAAAUGAAUGUCACUGAAAGGCUGUGGUAGUACUCAUAUAUAAAAAAUUUUACUAAAAAAACAAAACAAAACAAAAAAUUUUACUGCUCAAUUUGUCUAUGGUAUAACUUAAAUUCCAAUUUUGCAAAAUUUCCAGUACCUUUGUCACAAACCUAACUGACAUUAUCGGGAGCAGUGUCUUCCAUAAUGUAUAAAGAACAAGGUAGUUUUUGCCUACCACAGUGUCUAUAUCGGAGACAGUGCUCUCCAUAUGUUACACUAAGGGUGUACGUAAUUAUCGGGAACAGUGUUUCCCAUAAUUUUCUUCAUGCAAUGACAUCUUCAAAGCUGAAGAUCGUUAGUAUCUAACAUGUAUCCCCAACUCCCUGUAACUCUCCUUUUAGUCGCAGAAACAUUUUGUGGUCAUUAAGCAUUUGGUGGGUAAAUUCAGCUGCUAUAAAAUAAAACUGCUACUUUAAGAUCUUUUUUUUUUUUUAAGCUUCAUAUGGGUGUUUUGUUACCUUUGUGGUUUCUCCAAGUCCUCUGUGUAGUGGGAUAGUAGCAUACAUUUGUUACAUUUGCUGUUAGUAAAUGAAUUUAACUCUGUCCCCUCAUUUGCAUGUUACCUGUAAACUUAGUUCAGGAAGUUUGAAUCUAGGGUUGAGCUUUUGGCUUAAAGCAGGGGAACUUGUUUAGGUUUGGGAGGUGGGAGGUGAAGGCUGGGGACGUGGAGCUUGUGGAAGGGUCUUUGGUCCUGCCUCCUCCCUUUCUAUGGGCAGGGGUUCUGUAGAUAAGCAGAAGUCAGUUUGAGGCUCCCUGAGUAAAGACUUUAUCCUCUACUCCGCCACCAUGGUAAGUAAGCCUGAUAAGCAGCUGGUGGUCUAGGAAAGUACUAAAUCGCCACCCUGAGGAAAAGUCAGUACAUUCUUAAAUUUGUGUCACUUACCUAAGUUACAGUAGACCUAGAUUACUUUGCAGCCCCACUGAAUUGUGUUGCUAUUCAGUCUCUAAUCUUUACAAUGUUUUGUAUUGGGCCAAUGUUCAGUGUUGCUAAAGCUCAGCGACUUUCAAGGCACCAUGUGAAACAAGGUCAUAUAGUAAGGCUCUAAAAAACCAACUCUUUUUCUAUGAUUAAGGUUGACUUAUUUCCAAGCAAACAAGUCAGUUGUAAGAGGCUUUGUGCCCCAGAAGGAGAUUCGUAUCUGACUAGUGACAGCCUGUUAGUCUUCAGAUAUUUUUUUCCUGGUUAAGAUGCUUGUUUUGAAGGCGAAGGCUGAACUGUGACCUCUGCCAUGAUUGACUGUCCUAGUACUCGAGUGGCCUCACUGUUUGCUCUGUGAUUGCUCUGGACAUUGUAGAUUCAUUGCGCUCCUGUAAUCAAGAGCUGUGCCCUGAUUAAUGUCCACAGCCUGUAUGUGUGGCAAUAUGGAGAUUCCUUGUCUGAUUUAAUAAAAUGCUUGAAUACUC